CUUCUUUUACAGGCCAUAAUAUACAGCCUUCCUUCCAAGCUCGAGUGUAGCCGUGAUAUACUUGCCAUCGCGCUUCUGCACGAUGAAAAUGGCCUGGUACCUCGCCUUCGUCGCGCUCAGCGCAUUUGCGCUAGUAUCCAGCGUUAUGGGCCACGGCGGUGGUCUUCACGACUGGACUUUCUUGCCGGAGCCGUCGCCAGGCCGAGAGUUCAUUCGGCACCAGGUUGCUAGCUGCUCAAGUUUCGCGCCGGUGCCAGUCUCGGCGAACCUCGGCCCCCUGCCCGCGUUUCCGUCGCCGGCCUCGUCUAUCCAGGUUGUCUCCGGCAGCGCUUCUAUCUUCUAUUAUCUUGACGGCAACUGCACGGACCGCGCCACCACCAGCAUUGACAUGGACGUGAACAUCACACUCAACGGCCAGCCGUACGCGGGACGCCAGGUUAACGGCUACGGCUUUAUCGGGAACUGCUCCAACCCCAACGACCUGUACCGCCACAACGCCAGCCGCGGCGACGACCGCUUUAACAUGGUGUGGUUCAAAAAAGAGAACUCCAACACCACCGAGGACGGCAACCUGUUCGGUGCGGCUCCCAACGUGUUUAUCAGCCGCGUGCCGCCCGCCGCCGACGCCCUUCGCUCCCUGGUUCUGUACCCAUCGCCCGAGGACAGCGUGCCGAUCUGCUGCGACCUGGUCUACAACCCCCCGCCCCCCGCCGACUUCUUCACCCAGGGCACGUUCUGCCGUACCCCCGCCCCGCCGCCGCCCAGCCCUCCCUCGCCCCCCAACUCUCCGCCACCCGCCACCCGCCGCGCGUCGCCCCCGCCCCGCCGCACCCCUCCCCGCAAGCAGCUGCCCAAGUAAAUGGUCAGUCAACAUUACGCCGUGGGCACCUAGCAACUCAGCAGUAAAGCACUUGGCGGUUGCACGAGCUGUGCGGGAUCGGAGGCAGGUCAACGGCUCCCCACGGCUGUGUGGUGCUGCAGCCUGACUCCCGCAUUGCGCCCGCCAUGUGGGGGUUGGCCAAGGUUGUUGUUGGCGGGCUAUUUCAGUCGUUCUCUGUCCUGGGCACCAGAUCGUGUCAGCACUGAGGUUGGUUAGGGAUGACCGGGAGAGUCGAAGGGGCAAUCGCCCUGCGUUGGCGGGUCAGUGCCCGAGCCAGUAACCGUAUCUAGAGCAUACCAAAAUUCAAUUGCAUGUGUGGGCCUAACUCGCAUGCCACAUGCCUCGACAUAUUAAGAAUGCUUCCGUCGCUUAGGCUGCGGUGCGGUCUGUCACACUGGCGGACCUUCGUGCACCGGAGCCCCUGCUUACGUACGUUAACAUAAGCAAGCUUGUCAGGACUUUUAAAGCGCGGAAUACUGCUAGUACGGAGGAUCCACCAGGGAUUGUGGACAUGCCUAGAUUUCGUGUUCGGCUGUGUCAGGCGCAGGAGAGUGAUCUGCCAGGGGUCUCGGCGGCAUGGCAAGCGCACCUUGGAGGCUCCCCCCCUCGAGGGAGAGGAUGGAAAGGCUGAGCGGUGUUUGUGAAUGCAAUUUGUGAUGACACGUGAUUCGAGCUGCAGAUCAAUUAGAGAAAGAGCUGCGAGCUUAUCGCCUGGAACUGGAUUGUUACAGCCGCAUGCUGUGAACAUUCGUGUGAUUGUUGCAUGUGAAGCCACUGUUGUAUGAAAUGUGUUGCGCCCUGCAACUGGUGCUGGGCUGUAGCUACCCCUCUGUUCGUGAACGGCAUAUGUGUGUGUGUGUAUGUGUGCGCGCACGUGCAUGUGCGGAGUAUUAGUGCAUUACGGCUACGGGAAUUUCGGCGGGGAAUAUGAGACGCUGAGGGGCGGAUUUAUGCAGGCGCAGCAAGACAUUCUACGAUAGAACGAGUGGCGCCAGUGGCUGUGGUGCACCACCAGGGCUGUGACAGGGGUCCCACCUCUACUGCGUCCCACGGUACGAGAUGUAACAGGUUUCCGGA